AUGCCCCACCCAGUGGCCAUAGCGAAGUCCCUGGCCAAACACGGCAGGCUGAGGAGGAGAGGUCAACACGCCCCAGGCAGUGGCCUGACGUGGAGAGGGACGUCACAGAGGCGGCGACAUCACAGGCGCAGGCGCCCCCAGCAUCUCCAGCGCCCCCCACAGCCCCCAACCAAAGAGCGCACUGGAGGCGGAGGGGCAGCAGCGACCAGCCCGCUCCCCGCCUCCCCGACAGCUUCGGUCAGCAUGGGGGUGACAGGUGCCAAUGGAUUUCCCUGCUGUGGCAAGGAGUCAGUGGACAUUGUGGAGACACAGAGUGGCCUAAGCCAACACCAGCUGGUACCAGAGGAAGAUGAGGUCGAGAAAGAAUUGCUGGAACUGGAGCCCCCACACAAAGUGGACCUGGACCUAGAGCCAGAACUGGAGCUGGAGAUGGAGUCCAAGCCCAAGGACCCUGAGCAACGGGAGUCUAGGACAGAGUCCCUCCAGCCCCCCACGCAGCAGGAUGUCAGUCGGUGGAGUGUGAGGUCAAAUUCUAGCUACCUGAGUUCAGUAGUGGAGGACCAGGCGUCCACCAACCAACGCUCUAUCCGCGUGCAGACCUCUAAGCACCUCUUCUGGGCAGACAAACACAUCCAGGCCUCAGAACACAGCCUGGAGCGGGUGAUCAACAUGCAGCGUGGCAAGAACGCAGGUAAGACCGCUGGCUGUCAGGACGAGCAGUCUGGCCCCAAGGCCACCACGUGCUCCAAGAAGCAGCUCCAGAACCCCAGGGCCCAGCCAGCUCCACCCACCACCAACUCCCAGCAGCCACCAAACCCCCACCCGUCCUCCUCCAGUCUCUCGCCAGGCAUCGGCCUGGCCGAUCUGGUCAACUUUGCCUCUUCCUUGGCCGCCGUGGCCUCCUCCAGCAAGAUGGACUUGCCCAACUUGGAGCAUAUGAUCAAAGCUCCACCUCAGAAGGUCGAGGCACCCUCUACAGAUCCCGAUAUCCAGCUGUCCAUGGACCAGCAAGAGAAGAAAAAGCUCAUUAAGGACUUGCUAGAGAAACCACUUAAAGCCGAGGAGUCACAGAAAGCUCAGAAGCAGGAAGACAAGAACUUCUUCCAACCUUACCUCGGCUUCAGCAAGCCGGGGAUCAAGAGGGCCACCAUUGAAGGGGAAGUGAAGCUUCUCCAGCAACAGACCUGGUCCCCUCCACCUAAAGGAGCCGUGAAAGGCUCGGUGCCGAGAACCAGGAAAGGGAGUCCAUUAUUGCUGAAAAUCCAUUUUAAGGUGUCGUCCCCUACUUCCCCAGAGAAAUGACUAGGCAAAACCAGUAAAGCCUCCAGUGC